UAAUAUCUUAGAACAGUGGCGGCGUGACAAGGGUUUUAUGAAACCCGGGUCUCAUGGCGAUUUAGGUGGGUGGGUAGAUGUCGUGGUCAUGUUUAUUACUUUUCUAUGGUGUGUGUACCUAUUAUUAUAAAUGUACUCGACACUCGUAAACUCUUUUGAGGGUGGGUGAUCCCUAAAAACGUUUUUAUCUCAUGAAUGAAAAAUGUUCACGCCACCACUGGUGACCUAGAAACCCAGUCGUGUUUUUAACGUUGUACCCUUCAUUUGUGAUAUUUAUUCCUUUUGAUUACUUUUAUUUUAAUUUUUUUUAUAUUAACUAAAUAAUUAUGUGUCGUAUAAUUCUCGAAGACGACAUCUCACGUAACGAACGAAUUUUGCAAAAUGCGUAAGUGUUAGUAAUUUUAAAUUAUUUUGAUAUAUAUUUAUAUAUAUAUAUUUUUUUAUUCAGUGAGAUAAUUGAGCCGCCGGUCGUUCGGUCAGCUAACCCUGACACUAUAAUUUAUUUAAGACGGUUGCAUCAAGAAUAUUCACUUAUAAAUAAUUCAGGUGAGAAGAUAAGGAUAUGGUCAGCACAUGCGAGAUCGGUUUCUGUACGGUGCAAUGUAGAAAUGAGAGUUUUGUGUAUGUUGAUGCGUGAAAGUCAUUAUGAUCGAUCGAUUCCUGAAGAUGAGGUUAUAAUUCAACUAUCGUUUCGUGAGUUAUUACACUCAUCUAGAACAAUCAGGAGGCAUACCCAGUACUAUAUCAUUAUGCAGUUACUAUAUGGACUCAGGCGAAUUGCGAUUUUCGAUUCCGAACGCAUUAGGGAAAAAUUAGAAAUGGAUUGGACGUUAAAUGUCCUAACCAUUCUUACCUACUUAGAUUUCGACUUCGACACUUCUCGUUUUAUACUACAUAGAAUAAGAAACCUGAACUAAAAAUGAACUUAUAAAUAAUAUAUUCCUUAUUACCAUACAUCAGUUUAUAUUAUUUCAGAAAAACCAUAUGCUCACUAUCCUUACUAACAUAAUAUCUAUUUUCACCUAGCAUUGUGUUUCUCUAAAUAGUUGAAAAAAAAAAUAGUUGAAAAAAAAAAAACUACCUACUUCAACAAACAAUAUGUUUGACAUCAACGGACGGUCGGUACCUUACCCAUGUGGCUGCUCGAUCAGUGUGUAUCCAGUCUUUUGUCCGGUGUACACACAUUUUGCGUUUACAGUUUUUCUCAACAGAUAUUCAGAUACGGAUUUAUCUACUUAUAUGAGAUUUUUAUUUAUCAUAGUAGGUAUUUAUAAUUUUUAUAUUUCGUUUGUGAUAAUCAUUACCGGUAAAAAUUUAAGUAUUUUGUUUUAUAUUAUUCGUAAGAUAUUUUAAGAAUUACAUAUAAUCCGAUUUUUAGAUGUCAAAUAAUUCAUCACCGAGUUCUCCGGUAUAUGGAGGAGAUGAGUAUAAUUGACGUCUGGCUGAAAUACAUAGCCAGUCUCCAGUUCUCAUCAACAUGCAUGAGCAUGACUUUUUCGUAUAUGGUGAAAUGGUAAGUUUUUUUUGUUUUAAAAAUAAAAUAUAAAAUAAAUUAUUAUUAUUAUUAUUUAGACUCAAUCCGGAGAUAGUGGUUACUCGACUAACCAGAGCACGCAAGUUGAAAAUAAUGAUUGGCAUAGGGCAUUUUCGACUAUUCAUCCCCCUGCAACACCAUCACCACCUUGACUAUCACAGAUGGAGAAUUGUUAACGUUCUUUGACACCGGUUUAGCCUGUCUUGUUGGAAGAAGCUUCGCCAGACAUGUUUCCGCCGACAACAUCGAUAGCAUACGUACUGAGGGUGAGAAACGACCUUUUUCCAGACUUAGAUUCCCAGUCCUCAGUUUCACAUAGCACGGUAGAAAUUCCUCGGUUCAUGUUAGCCCCCGAAUAUAACAUGCUAUUUGAAGGGGAAAUUAUGAAUACGUUACGUCAUUCUGGAGAGCAGACAGCAGAAAUGGAUUGGAGUGAAGAUGGAAAUGACGAGGAGUUGAUCAGUCAUAUGGAGGCAUAUGAAGAUGAUGAAGAACUUAACCGACACAUGGAUGAAUAUGAAGGUUUUUGAGGGGGGGUGUAAUAAUUAUAUUAUUUAUUAUUAAAAUAUAUAUAUUUUUAAAUUUUAAAACCAUGCAUUCAAUAAUAUAUAUUUUCAAACUAUAUUAAUAUUUUUAAAUAUUUUGUUAGAUGGUUAUGUUAGUGGUAAUUUUAAAUGUAGCAUAUGGUCGCUUUUCUUGGUAUAUCAGUAACUAUUUUUGUAAAGGUGGCCUAAAGGGGUAUCUAUUGUAAGCAACACGAUUUUCAAAUAUUUUGUAAGAUGGUUAUGUUAGCGGCAAUUUUAAAAGUAGCAUAUAGGUCAUAUUUUUGUAAGGCUUCAUCGAGUAAGGGAUAUGUAUAGAAAUAUACACCAUUGUGUUAGACACGUAUUGAUAGUAAACGUUCUAUUGUUCUAUUGUCAG